AUGAAAGCAAAAUAUUUUACCCUUCAAACUCUGAAUGAUAACUCUCUGAGCCCACAAUCUAACAGCGGUAGUAAAAAAAUGGCGGAGUCUGGAUUGGCUUUAUUUCUCUCUGUUUUAUUUCUGCUGUUGUUCGUAACUGCAAGGGUUUACUGUUGUGGAAUGAGCACACAUAUAGAUAUUGCUCAUCAAGCUAUUAAUUGGUUCAAGGAUGCAAGAAAUGGUACGGACUACAGGGAAAUAAUCCUAAAGCAUCAAGAUGCGUUCAUCGCUGGAAAUCCUUAUCCGGAUUCGAUGUAUUCAAGUUUUUGUUAUUCUGGGAAAUUCCAUUCGAUCGCUGAGGAUACACAUUGGUCUCCAUUUCUUAACGCUACGGUCAAUUACAUCAGAAAAAAAUACCCAAAACCCUGGGAUCAGGUUAGUGUUACUAAUAAAGAUAUGCAGGUCACUGAGGACAACUUUGAUUUUGAUGACGAAGGUGAUGAUGAUGAUGAUGUUGAUAAGAGCAAUGGAAUUUUACUUUGUUGAUAAUGGUUAUGUUUGAAAGCGCUGGGAAAAUAGUGAUUGUUAUGAUCUUGACGAUGAUUAUAGUGGAACCCCAUUAAUACAGACACCUGUGGGACAUGCCAUGGUGUCUAUAUCCCCCCCGCCCCCGCCAGGGUCUAUAUUAACUGGAUGUCCGCAUUAAGCAGGUUAAUUAUAGAGAAAAUAAAUGAGCUUUAUUUUCAUUGAGACAAACGAAAUUGUCUCUUAUAUACUGGUGUCCAUAUUAAGCAGGUGUCAAUGGAGAGGGGUUUACUAUAUAGCAUUACGAAAAAUCACCAGAAUAAAUACUUUGAUCAUGCUGAUCAAUACUUUGAUCACCAUGAUCUUUGAUAGGAGGUGCAGGAAUAAUGAUGCUGAAAUUGGUGAUGAUGAUGACUUUGGAUGUCAAAGCACUGAAAGUGACAAAGUGUACCUGAAAAUUAUAUAUGUUCAUGAACAGAGUGCUAGUGAUGAUGAUGUGAUAUUGAGAGAUGUGAGUGAGGGAUUUUAGCAAAUAGUCAAAGAAAACCAAGUGUUAGUCAGGCAAGGGGAAUUUUUUGUUCUUAUGAGGAGUGACCUUGACUUUACAGGACACAGAAAAGCUGGUGGCUUUUACUCUUGGUUUUGUAUCACAUCAAGUUGCAGAUGUAACAUGGCACAGUCUUGGAAUCAAUCAAGGAUUUCUUACCACCAUGGGGGAUGUUAAUUUCUUUGGAUCAUUUUCUGCUGCACACAGCAUUGGUGAUCCAGGAGGAGACAUGGUUGCAUCAUUUGAGGGUGAUACGAGGCAACUACCUUCAGGAUUAAAAGAAUGGUAAACUCUAUCUAUCUACUAACUUUUUAUAAUUUCAGAGGAGGCAGCGUAGCCAAGUGGUCAGUGCAUCAGACUCACAGUCUGGUGGUCGUGGGUUUGAGUCCAGCCACUUGCUGUAUUUGUUCUCCGUUGUCCUGAAUUCAAAUCCUCAGUCAUACUUGUAAACAGCCAACUGGUUGCCUCCUGCCUAUUGGGGUUGUUAAUCUGGUUGUGUUGUAUUUGAAUUAAUUGUUUCUAAGUAAUCGAGUGGAGUGCCUCUAAACUAGCUGGAUAAGCUACGUUCACUCUCCACUUUAAACAGGCAUUUAAACCUUUAAACCAGCACAAAUACUACUCUUGCCCCAAUAUUUUAAUCACAGCUGCAGUCUUUGUCAGCACACCCCCUAGUGAUGUUAAAUUUUGAGGCCAUUUGAAGUUGUAUACAUGUGACUAUGUGACUUCAAAAGUGAGUCAAACAUUCCUGGGAGCUGGUACCCCCCCCUCCUGACCAUGAGGGUCUUUUCUUAUCUUUUGAGGGUGUAUAAUUAUAUUUGUCAUCAGGUAUCUUCCAUCCAGUGAUCUGGAAGAGAUCUACACUGAGUAUUAUGGAGAAAAGAAAAUUACAAAGGAAGAGAUAGAAGUCUGUUCUGCUCUUAUGCUUCUUGGUUGGAUCGGCGAGCAAAUUGCAGGGGAAAAGUUGUUUCCCAAGUAUGCUAAGACAUCACCAUUUUUGGUAGAAGACUUUCACACAUACUUCCAAGGUAUAGUUGCUCCAAAUGGGCAGGUCACCACCUUAAUGCAGUGGGGUAGUCUGCAUGCCUUAAUGACCGCUGGAGCUAUGUCAGCUUGAAGGAUAGAGACCAGACAAAGAGUGACCCCUUGGUCAUCCAACUUGGGGGUUAGGCAUAGGGCUAAUGACCCUACCCCAUAAAAAAGUAGUUGUUACAGAAACCAGAAGCACUAACAAUGAUACAACGCUAACAGGGGCGUCGCUCCUGUAGCUAAAGUGGGGGCACGGAACAGAGAGUGUUGGUCAUAACAUACUUAUGUGCCUACCAGUGCAGUGAGAAAUCAUAAAUUAAUAAAGAUGAUGGUGGAAAGGAUGGAUGGAAAAAGCUCCUUUCAAUUUGUCCCAUAUCUGCUUGUAAAUAAAUCAAAAGGAGAAUUUGAUGUCACUUUGGGCCUUAUUCCACGUACCCGUUCAGUACCAUUUAAUGAGGACUGCCACAGCCUAUGAAAAACAGCACCUUUACCUUCCACAGCCCCUUCUCCUCUGUCCCAAAUGUUGAAGUUAAUUGUUGGGGGUCUUACCUUGAGUAGGAGGGAUAAAACUUUGUCCCUAGUUAGUCGCAGCCUUGACAACAAAAAGGAAAUUUUAAAAGCUCCAUGGCCUCUUAGAUAUUGUAAAACCCCACCAACAGACUCUUUUGAACACAGGAGUUUUCCAUUUUAGGGGGCGUGGCUGACAUGGCAGCGUGGUCUGUACUGCUAUGGCACAAGACUAUUGAUAUGCUUGAACACGGAACAGACACUUGCUCUAUACCAAAAAGUCCAUUGUUUAUUUCCUGCAACAAGAGUGAACAUGGAAUCCUCUUACAACGAACACAGCGGCAGAAGCUAUGGAAUCCUGGAAUGAUUAUGCUGCAGCAAGACAUCCACAAAACCUUGAGGUUAUCUGGUGUGAACAUCAAACAGAGCCGAAGAGGAAGCUUCUUUUCUUUGUCAGAGUCUUUGCAAUCAAAGAUCCAGAAAGUAAAGAAUUUUAAAAAGAGUUGUCUAGGUAGUGCAAACAAUCCUCCUCAAAUAACAGAGAAUGUGAACAACGUUGAUCAGGAGGUGACGACGACACCUGUUGAAUAUUCAUCUUCUGUUCCAUAUGCAAGGACAGGAUGGUAAGUACAUGUAAUGCAGGACUUGAAGAAAACUUGAAUUCCAACAUGUCAGUUAGGCAAGCAGCUCUCUCACAUUUUGUUCACCUGGGAUGUAAUGACAGUCUAACCCCACAUUACAGACACCCACUUAAUAUGAACACUUCAUUAUUACAUUUUCUCUAAAAUUAACGUGCUUAAUACAGACACUCAUUAAUGCAGACAAUGGACGCUUCUUUCUUGCCCAAUAAACAGAUUCUCAUAGAAAGUCAACCUCACUAAUGGAUAGACUUCAUUAUCAACUGUGUGCUGUAAUAAACCUUUUCUUUUUGAAGGUAAAAAACCUUCAUUUGACAGCAUGUUGAUGUGCCCAGCUCCACAGGAUGAUUUCUUGAGGUUAUUUUAAGACUAUUUUGACAUCAAAUGUAAUAUGCAGAAAAUGGCUUUGAUUUAGCAAUAUUAAAAUUGAGUGAUUUUUUUAGUGUUUCCAUGGAUUUAGUCCACGGAAUGACGGCUUUCUGAAAGCUAAGAUGUUUAAUUUGACGAUUCUAAUGUCCUCUUUUCUCUCAAAGUAUUUUGUUCUAAUUAAAGGUGUUUAAUAACAUGACCCGCUUAAUACAGACGCCCCGUUAAUGCACACACUUUCUGUGGUCCCUUCAGUGUCUAUUUUACUGGGGUUUGACUCCUUGCUUGUUAGUUAAUGAUUUAGUUGGAGGGUGUUCACCUGGACCCUUGCCUGUUGGGCAAGUGAGCUUAAAAAUUAAUUGCCCAGCAAGAAAAUCUAGUAGGUGGACUUUUUUUAAACCCUGGUUUUGGUUUAAAACUUUUGAGCUAUAAGAACGUAGAUCUGUGAAGGGUUUGAACCCAGGAGUCAUAUCAAUAGUAGGUUGAGUUUGAUCGUCGGGGUAAAUGUAGUCCUGAAUAGGACUAGAGUAUAAUACCAUCAACUGACGUGAUACAACUCACUUUGGUUGUCGAAACGUCAGUCACUGUCAACAACAACAGUCCUUUUCAGGACUACGUUCACCUGGACGAUCAAACUCAACCUACUUUUGAAAUUAUAACAUAGAUAAUAUUUUAAAACAAAGAGAGAACAAUGUUCUGAUUUUCUAUAAUAUCGGGUCCCAGCAACUUGUGGGCGGAUACUAUGGGGGCUUUGAUGACAGGCAGGGUCAAUGGGAAUAUUGUAAAUGGGGUCUAAUUGUCAUGGGAAUAGUUUUCCUAAUGUUACUGACAGAAAUCUACUAACCUUGUAUCACAUUUUUAGGUCCUUAGCAUAUGGCAACUUCAGCGGUCUGUCUCUUUCACUCGUGAUUGGAGCACCGGGGUAUGGCACUCCAGGGAACAGCCAACAUGGUUGUGUUUACCUUGUUACAAAUAAUGCAGAGAGUGGACUGCCAAGCAGGAACUUAAACUUAGAUUCUGAUGCUGACAUGAUUGUCAAUGGAACAGUGGAAAAUGGUAGAUUUGGAACAGCAGUGGCCAUUGUAGAUCUUAAUCAGGAUGGACUGGACGAUCUUGCCGUCAGUGCUCCAUCUACAGGUGGGUUUAAGGUGCCCCUCACUCAACUAUAAAACAGCUCUGUUUUAGCAACUGCAACCCAACAAAACUCUACAACAGAUCUGAGAAUCCUUAGUCAUAACUUCCCCAUGGGACCCAGCAAAUGACUUUCCUUUCAACAGAACUUUUGACUGGAUCAAUAUAAUUUUACAUUUUGAGAAGCCUUUAGAACAGCAGCAUGUUUUUCAGUGGAGGAAAGGCAAGUGUGAGGUGGACAUGGAGCUCAACACAUGCACGACAGGGGAAGAUGUAGGGAAUAAUGAUUUUUUGCAUGCCUCCCCAGGGGCGGAUCCAGGAUUUUUUUUAGGAGGGGGUGCACUCGUCUCCUGCUCUACUUCAACACCAAUAAACCACAUUUUUUUUUUUUUUGCAGAAUAGCAGUUGCAUUAGAAAACCGCAGGUCAUCUCAGGGGGGGGGGGGGUGCGCACCCCCUGCACCCUCCCCCUAGAUCCGCCCCUGCUCCCCCUGUGUGGCAUACGUUUCCAAGAAACUGUUCACCUACCCCUCCCCUAAGCCACCAUUAAGAAGAGAAGUAAGUGUUAUCAUUGAUUUAGGGGAGGGGUAUCUGGGCAGUUUCCCAGAAACGUAUAAUGAACUGUCAUGCCUGUCUCAUGUCCCACCUCGUGCCUGCUUUUGCUGGCCUGAAAAAUUUAGAUCAAUGUUAGAAUAAUCAAUUUCCAAGAUUUUGCUCGUUAUUAUUUUGUGAAAUGUUUUCAAUUUGAGCUUCUACUUGCAGGUGCCAAUAGCCUUCAGUAGACUGGAACAAUCACAGUUUGUUUGGUUACCCUGUGGCAUAAGAUGCCGGAUACCAUGCUUAUUUUCAGCAAUUUAGAUCAAACUUAAAUAAAUUUCCAAGUUUUAUCUAUUAAAUUUUGUGAAGUGUUUUUAAUCUGAGCGUCUACUUGCAGGUGCCAAUAGCCUCCAGUAUACGGGAACAGUAUAUGUGUUCUAUGGAGAACAAGGAAAAGGACUCAACCCCAAACCAGGCCUGACAAUCCACGGCAAUGGCACAUAUUAUAAUCUAGGCACAUCUUUACUGGGGGCAGACAUUGAUGGAGAUGGAUUCAAGGACCUUAUAAUAGGGUCACCUUUUGCUCCAGAAGGUGGUCCCCAGAGGGGCUCUGUUGCUGUAUUCUUGGCCAAAACCCAGAGAAAGCCUGGGUCAGCAUUAUUUGUGCAGGACGCUGAUUGGUUGGCUGUCGGUGAACAGAAUUACAGUUGGUUUGGGUAUUCUAUGGCUGUGGCCAAUCUAUAUGGGAAGUUGAUGCUAACAAUUGGUGCACCCACAUUUAGGUACAUAUUUUUGGUGUUGUACAUUUUUACCAACUUACUAUCUGUCUUGUUAGUGGCCUAAGAGGCUACAUUAAAUUUUGAAAAUUAGCACAACCUACAGAUCACUUCAUUAUCUGUUAGCAGAUAACUAACUAAUCUUUAAUCUGGGCUUGAGAGUGUCAGAAAUUGUCGAGCCUAGGGUAGGGCAUUUAUAGAGUAUCUGACCUCAGUCACAUCCUGUUUCCAGUAAAGGUGUCCCUGCCAGUGGGGAGAAUAAUGUUGGCUUUGUUUGCUGGCAACUCCACUCAACUCAACUUGACAGGUUGUAGACAAGGUAACACAAGCUUAUAAGCUAACAGGCACACAGGGUGACAUGCAGACAUGCUGACAUGCUGACUGGUUGACAGAAAGACAUUCAGACAGGCUGACAUGCAGGCAGCCUAACAUGCUGACUGGGCAUUGGGCAGACAUUCAAAGCAACUGACAUGCAGGAACGCAGAAAUGCUAACUGGGUGACAGGCAGAUAUUCAGACAGGCUGAUGAGCUGACAUGCCGUGGAUUUUGAUUUAGGGAGUAAAUGUUUAAAGCUUUAAAUCAUGGCUGUAUGGUUAGUGAAGCAAAUGUUUUCUGUAUCUGAGCAGACUAUGUGCUGUCCAGAACUGCAGUUACUCCAAGAAUGACAAACAGAGUGUUGGCAGGGUGUAUUUUUUCAGUGUAACCUCAACACCAUUCCCCCAACCCAUGGCAACCAUCACUGGCAGUGAAACAUUUAUGAAACUGGGCACCAGCCUUGCUGUUGGGAAUCCAUAUCGCCAUGGUGAUGAUGACAACAUGCUUGCUGUUUCAGCAGCCACACAAAGUAAGUUCUGCAGGUCUGUGUACCUGUAGCCCCAAGACAGGGCUCGUAAAAAAUUAUUGAAUUCCAGCUUGUCCUUUGGACUAGCAGCUGUCACAUUUCGCUUGCCUGGGGCCACUUCUUGCUUGUCUUCAUUAAUGAUUUUGUUAAUUAAGAUGACUGCCUGGACCCUUGUCCUCUACUUGUCCCGGCUACCAGACAGGACUUUCUUCAAGCCCUGCAGGGGGCCCUCCCCACAUCCAUCAGAACUCUCCGCAAAACUCCCACUGUAAUGACUGCAGUCCAAGACAGCUUAUUUAGUGAGUAAAUAAAAAAAAAAUAUCAUAUCUGAAAAGGUGAUAGGGGAAACAUACUUUUUAUACAGGCUGCUUGUAUCCCUAGGGCAUUGAAAUGCCAGGGAAUAAAAAUCCAGCAAGCUCUACUGGGGUCUGUACUCUAUGCCCCAGUACCAAGGGCAUUCUUAAUUAACAUUAUUUCUUCUCUUGCCAUAAUUACCAGGUUAUAACCCCUCUUUACAGAAUGAAAUAACCUUUCAUAUUGGAGUUCAAGUAAUAUAAUUUUAGAUCAGGUCAAUAUCAAAAGAAUUGCAUGUAAAUGAUUCUGUGACUUCAGAUAUUCAAGGUCGCAUCUUGGACUUCAAGCUACCAGUCCAGUUUGACCAGUCUGGAGCUGUGUACAUGAUAAACUUGACAACAGUCCUCCAGCUUGGUAAAGACGUAUCGUUAAAAGAUGUCAAUUACACAACUGUAUUUGAAGGUGAUCGUAGCUUUGCAAGAUUUGGUUGGGGGUUAGAGUUCACCGACAUAAACCAGGAUGGUAUAAAAGAUUUGCUGUUCUCAGCACCAUUUAGGACACGUGAUAUAACUGACGAAAUUAAAGGGGGUAUGUGUUAUUACACUUUAGUUUUUUAGGUUUUUAAUGCCUUAAAAUUGGUACAAAUAGUAUUUUAAAAUCUUAUUCUAAUGUUAUGCACAACUACUCAGUCACACUCACCGAGUCCUUGUAUGCUGUUGUUUCCACAUAAAGCUUUUAAAAUCAGUUACUUUGCCUCUCUGUUUAAAACUGCCCUCACUGUAGCCUACAUUCCAGAUGACAUUAGAGCUAGGCAAGUCAAGUAUCACCUGCAAAGUAUUGUACAAAUCAUAGACUGCCACCACAAGGGCAACAGGUUUAUUUAACAAUUACUGAAUGAGGCUGAUUAUCUUAUGAAGAAUUAUGGAGAUCAAGGAGGAUGUUAUCCAUCAAGGCCGUAGGCCGAGGCAGAUAACACCCUCUGACAUCUCCAUAAUUUUUCAUUUGAUACGAAAACCUAAUUUAAUAAUUGUUUUAUUAUUCAUUCAAAAUAAUUCCUAGUUUAAAAACAUGGCUAAAACAUGCUUACCUCCAUCGAUCCAUCGAUGUUAAGUUCAUCUGUGAUAGUGCAUGUUUAGGGUUGUUCAGCUCUGCAAAAUAUUCUCCAAAUAGUAGAUGUUGCCCUUCGAGUUGUCUUUUUGCUGUUUUUGCCAUGUUUUUAGUAAUUAUUUCACCUACCGGUAGUUCUUACUCUUGAAAUGAGUGAAAUGUCCGCCAUUUUUGUUUUCACAACUAAAACAACUCAACCUGAUCCCCAGGUCUUCUCGGUUAACGGUGCAUUAAUCUGCAAGAAACCUGCACUUUUGACAUCAUCGGUUCAUGAAACACAAAAUUCUUCCAAAUUUGGUCAUCAGUAGCAGGUUAUGGUGAAUUCUGCAUGUGCUUUUAGCCAAUCAGAAUCGGGAAAUAUUUUGAAUGAAUAAUAAUAGUUCUUGUUGUAACCGUCACGUGGUUACACCCGCUAAAUGAAGUCUCAGCCCCACCAAAGCACCCAGAUUUGCUCAUUGUGGCUGCCUGAUUUAUGGCUUUUUGGUCUUGUUAAAAGUACUGUGUUGUACAUGAUGAUUUGCUCUGACUGGGCAAAAUAAGAGCUUUAAGCCUAGAAAAAGCUGGCUUGACUGAGACAGUUCCAUCUGUUUUGUAACUUUGGCGCCAUACUACCAUCUUCAGUCCUCUAAACGUGACAGAAAAAGUAAGCCCUCUCCCCACCCCCUAUUUAAAGUAUUUUUGGUCUAAAACCAAUGUGUAUAAUAUUCUCGUGUUAUCCUUAACUGGAUAAUUAACCCUUUAAGUCCCGAUAGUGACCAAGAUCAAUUUUCUCCUAACAAUAUCCAUGUUACCAAGAGAAAUGGUUAUGAGAGUUAAAUGCUUUGAUCUUCUACCAAAUUCUCUCAACUUAUUCCGUAAGGAAAAUAUGUAUAAAGACCAGUUUGGAGAAUUUGUAUGUGGAAAUUGGGGCUUAAAGGGUUAAUGAGAGGAGGGAAAACAAGCAUUCAUUUGGCAAUGUUUUCCAUUUUUGCUAGGAUGAUGGGAAAAGAUAGUUAUUUUUGGGAUGUGUCUCAACAUGUUGUGUCUGAGGUUGUAGCAACUUCAUCCUAGCUACCAACUCAUCUGCUGCUCUUCUCGACCCCUCUCCCUAUGUGGGUUUCCACCUUCUUUGUGCGAUAAUAAAUUAUUUCUCUGAAACAUAGUAAACCACGAAAGCCUACAACAUAUGUCUUUUUUGUUAUGUUUACAACAAGUUAACCCCAAUAUCCACAUACAAAUUCUCAAAACUGAUCUCCAUACAUUUCCUUAAAGAAUUAGUUGAGAGAAUUUGUUAUCAGAUCAAAGCAUUUUCUCUUUAGUGAUCAUUUCAUAAAUUCUCAUAACUUUAUCUCUUGGCAAAGUAUGAAUAUUGUUGGGAGAAAAUUGAUGUUGUUCACCAUUGGGACUUAAAGGGUUAAUGACGUGUGUAGUUUCUGGCAUUGACAAGUUUGUAAUUUUCACUUGUUUUUAAAGGAAGAUCGUGCCAAAAAUGAAUUCAAAAUGUUUUUUUUUUUUUCUCACUGCGAAUUAUUAUUUUUAUCUCAGCCGAGGAAGGUGGACUGUAUGCAUUCUAUGGAGGAAAUAACUUUCCUUCUGGUAAUGCCACCAGAGGAUGUCAGGGAGUUGAUCCUUGUCCUGGAGUUAAGGUAAUAUCAGUGAUAUGUGUUUCAAACAUCGUGCUACUGCCGUGCUAAGCUGCCUUGACUGCAGCAGGACUGCAGCAUGACACUAGCACGACUUGGUUUCAGACAUCAAAUUUAAUUCACGUGAAUAGAACAGCUCUUGCCGAAAACAAAAUACAAAAAUAAAGAAACGGUUUAGCAAACUUUUAAAUGUUUUCUAAUGUAUUUAUGAUUUGUGAAUUGAGUUCGGCACGGCAAUAGCAUGACUUGGUUUCAAACGUUGCACUACUGCCAUGCUAUAGUCGAAUUGAAUUCCAUCAAUUUAGUUUGGCAAGACAGUAGUAUGACGUUUGAAACGGGCCUAAGAUAUUACAUUAGGUGAAAUUUUCCUUACCACCAGAAAUAACACCAUGACAAUAUCCACCAGACAAAACUGAAGGCUCUCUUGGAAAAACGUUUUUAGCUAGGAUGAAGGUUGAAUCUAAAACAGUAAAAGUGCAAAAUAUUACAAGUUCUGGCAAAAAAUAAAUAGGGAAAUACAACUGAUGCAAUAUAAAGCAAGGGCUGUAAAACACUUACAUUGUUAUUCCAGGGCCACAGCAAAUGAAAAGGACUCGUAUGUUAAGACCUAAUAAUGUAAUCAUGUGUUUAAUAUUUUAUAGGCGUCCUUCGUGGUGAAGUCUACAGAGGUAAGCUAUGCAAAAGUAUUAAACUGUGCAACGGGAGUCAUGUCUGAUAGUCCUGGGCUUGUGGAUUUUGCAAUCAGGCUAGUGAAUUUUAUUCUAAACUUGACAGGCAAUUGACGUUUGUGGGGGAAUUCAAGUAAGAUAGUACUGAUAACAAAUAUUAUUAAUAAUUUAUGUGCAUCAAAAGCUGGUCUUGUAACCAACAAUGGUUCUUCUUGAUACUUCUUCAAAUACUUUUUUAAGAUGCCCUGAGAAUUUUAUUAUUGUAUCAAAUAAAUAUCUAAUCAGUGCUUAAUCAAGUUUUGACUAAGUUUCCUAAUGUAGCAAGUAACCAUAGCAACAGUAUAGCUUGCUUAACCUUAAUUUUAGAUUAAAGCGUAAGGAACCCCAAAACGAGUUCCAUGUUUAGUAACUCCCAUGAUUUAUUAUAAAACUGCAAUUGCCAGUCUAAAAAUAACUUUGGGGUGCAUAAAGAGACAUCUUUAUUUUUGAAAAGUCAACUUGCUUUCAGGAGCUUAUCCAGACAAAAUGAUGGUACUGCUCAAAAAUGAGUAAAAUAAUCAUUUACUAGUUAAUUAAUCAGAGGUGUGUUUUUGUUCUAGGAGAGGUCCCGUCUGGGAACGACAUUCAUCAGUAUUCCAUUGCCCAGUGCAUCAGCUGUAGACUUAGUUGUAUCAUCUCCUCGUAGUUCUAAGAGUCCACUCCAUUCAGGAUCUGUGCAUGUGCUUCACUUGACAAAGUAA